AUGUUGCCAAAGUGUAUCUUGUCCAUUUACAUCAUCUCCUGUGUGCUCCUACUACUCUCCUGGAAAAUCGGAGAUGUGAAUGGUCAGCUACCAAGGAGAGGAAAUGUAAAUGAACUCAUAAGACGGUUCGAGAAUCAAAGCACAGAAGACAGACAACAAAGAGAUUCGAAUGAAAAUAAAUCGUUCGAAAGUGGUUCACAAGGGAUAGAACACCCUUUAAAUAAAGGACAAAACACUACUAUCUAUGAAGAACCGCAGCCAGGACAAUCAUAUGAGCCCGCACGUAGAAGCAGCUCUUUUCCCACACAGAAAAGUUCACUCAACGUAGAUGACUAUUCGGACGAUGUUUCUGACGAGGACAAUGACUACGCUAGUAACACUCGAAAUGACUACAAACGUGACCAUCGAAUCGGUCAGCAGCAUCAGCGUGGCAACCGGGAUGGCUUCCCGGAUGAGGAACCCCCUCGAAGAGAGGAAGGUGGGAGAAUGACCCCAAAGGGUAAUACUUACUUAGGUAAUGAUUUCGAACAUUUCAACAAAAGAUUAGGACUCAGCAUGGACGACUACAUGAGUGAUACAGAGGACGAUUCGUUCGACAGCUCAGAUAAUAGUAGUGACCUCCCACGUAACAAAUUGAAUGCACACGAUACUGACAGUUCCUCCAUUUAUGAAGACAUUCAAUUUGUAAGACAUAGAGACAAUAGACAGCCAAAUGAUGAUGUUCAAUUUUCAAGGACGGAUGGAAGACGAAAUGCUAUGUAUAAUAGGAGUGACAAUGGUGCAGAAGAAUCACCCCCCCGUGAAAGUAAAAGAGUGAAUAAUUUGAGCAGUGAUGUGUAUGACUAUGCGUAUGGAAGGAAUGGCUCAAAUAUGUCAGAACCUGCCAAUCUUUAUUCCUACCCAGAGGACGACAUCAGCCAACGAACAAUACCUCCAAUAGAAAACAGAAAAUCAAGGAAUCGCUCAAGUUCCCCUCUACAGGACGAUUAUAGCAUACCUUCAGACACCUACAGAAAUAGUUAUGACUCGGAGGAUCACAUUUACAGUGUAAUCCCCGGAGAGGAGCAAUACGAGGAUGAAAUAAAUCAAAGAAGAACGAGACAAGGGUACAGUUCGCUUGGUAAUGGCGCACGCCCGGAUCGUAAUGAAAUAUUGCCAGUCAGAGGUAUUAAAAAAUCCGCAUCGUCCUAUCAUCCAGAGGGCAGAGAAAGUAAGACGGAUGGUUCUUUGAAAAAAGUUAGGAAAAAUAAUAAGGAGGACUCUUCUACAGUAAUGCACACGCAGCAGGGUUCGAAAAAUGACAGGAACGUUUCGAAGCCACUCAGUAUAAUCACCCUGUUUAGCACCUACCAGAGGAACCUUUUUCUGAAUAAGUAUAGCAAAUCGUCUGGAAAGGUCGGUGGAAAUGUCAAUGCCAAUGGUAGAACUGGCGUAAAAAGGCUUUUUUCCUUUUCACGAAGUGGGAAGGACAGUGGACUGUCCAUAAUGGGCGAGUUACAAACGGCUGUGGAACAAUGUAUAGUCAAAAAUAGUAAUAAACUAAGCAGGCUCGUGCUUAUGAAGAACUUAGCUUUUAACGAUUCAAAAUUGUUGGAGAAUUAUGAAUACGCUGUUUCCUACAUUCGCAAUAAUUGCAACAAUGGCAGCGCUACCUGUUUAGACAUCAGGCCCAUGGUAUAUAGGGAGGACGACCCGGACGCAUCCAGCAUAGUCACUUCAUUACCUAACAUAUACAUUUUGAGUACCUAUGAGUUUCUUCUAACGAAUUUGAGAAUGUGUGGGCCGUUAAGAACGAUGGUAAAGAAUAGGGUAAAGGAGAAUAAGCUGACCCCAACGGACAUCGUCCUACUACUGUCUGGCGCGUACUUUAAAAGUUGGAUGAACAACACUUUAGUUAAACACUUGAUAUCCUUCCUUAAGACGAAGAGAGUAGUGUACCUGGAGAAGUAUUUCCUCGCGGUUUUGAUUUCCCUUUCCUCCUUCAUCAAGCCCGCACUGAAAAUUUACUUUGGUGAGCGUUACGCCAAAGUAAGUGCGCAUAACCUAGAUGCUGAAGUGAAUAAAAUGAUCCCUGAAAUGUUGGGUGCGGCCCUCCGCUGGACUCAGGCAUUCCAAGAGAAGUUCUCAGACGAAAGCAAUAGGAUCCUCCUGAACGUGCACAAGACGUUAGCCUCUUAUUCUAAAGAAAGAAAUGGGAGAUUGUCCAGAAAGUUCAGGACCUUGGAGGCACUCCUGCUUAGGCAAAAGGUGGCUAGCGACGUGGUGAGUAACCAAGACGAAGGGUAUAGGCACCUAAUCCAGCAAAUUCUCAAGUAUGUGCGGAAUGUGCACUCCACCGUUUUUGAGUAA